GUGGAGCAGUGAGGAAGGUGCCAUAAUUAAUUCCUGUUGAUAAACUCAGAGAGAAAAUAACAUUUAAAAUAUAGAUCUCGUAUUGGGAAAACCGAAACGAACGUAUCAAUUGUAAUUUAUGUCUUGGAUUUGGAACAGACAGUUAAACUCUUGGAUACCUAUAUUUUAACCGACCUGUUUAUCAUUGUUAUUUAAUAUUUGAGUUUUGAUGUAAUUCGAAGAAGCUCCUGAGGUUUAAACGAAGACUCCAAAUGAACUAACAAUCUGUGCUCAUAAUCCGAUACUUGCUGAAUAGACUUUGACGCUUCGGAAUACACAGGAAAUACUUUUGGAUAUUGCAGUGAAUCUGUGUCAGAUUUUCUGAUACAAACUGACCUGAGUUUGUAACCCAUCCUGUGGCACGUAUUGUAAGGCGAAAAACAACAAUAACGACCUUCAAAGAGCACCAAUAAAAUGUGGAAGAGCAAGCAAUUUCUGUGGAUUCGAAGUUUCUGCUCAGCGCUGUCACUCUGUGUACUGAUGAGCGGAGUUGGAAAUGCUGAAGAAAAUGAUUUGAAGACAGCUGUAACCUCAAAACCAGAUAGUCGCUGUGACAUAGCUCCUACGUUCCUGUCUCCCUCUGGAAAUCAGACUUACAAUCUUCCUAUUGGCUCAUGGAUGAUGUUGAAUUGUACAGUCAAGCUACUCUAUGACCAGAAGUUCAACUGGUGUGACCCAUACAUCGAGUGGAGUAAGGAUGGGCAUGUGAUCAUGAACAGUAGUAAAUACACCUGCACUGAGGAGACCAGGUUUAAUCAUAAUGCUUCAGGGAAGUUUCUCUCCAGUCUCCUGAAUGUCAGCAUGAUCGAUGAGGGUGACUAUGGAAUCUUCAUCUGCCUCAUAAGAAAAGGAUCAGCAACCUUCACAUUACAAAGAGAUUACAAUGCUAGCCAUGUGCCAGCUCUACUGGGUGCUUUCCUGGUGCUAUUUGCAUUGCUCCUGGCUGGAUUACUGUAUGUGAAGUGUCGGCUAGAUCUGCAACUCUGGUACAGAAAUAAAUAUGGAGAAUUUGAAAUGAAUGAUGGGAAGUUGUAUGAUGCUUAUAUAUCCUAUGUGUCUGCUGAUGAUGACCGCAAAUUUGUCAACUUCAUCCUGAAGCCACAUCUGGAGAACAGAUAUGGAUACAAGCUACACUUGGAUGAUCGUGACAUCCUUCCAGGAUCAGAGCCCUCAGCAGAGCUGAUAAUGAACAUUAGUCGCUGCCGCCGUCUGAUUGUAGUGCUGUCCAAAGCAUACCUGGAACAGGACUGGUGCAGGCUGAAUUUUAGGGAAGCUCUAUGGCAGUUGAUGGAUCUCUCCAGGAGGCCCAUCUUCAUCAUGUUUGAAAGCCAGUACAGGGAAUUGUCUCACCCAGCUAUUCUACUUCUCAAAUCACAGAGGAGGAGCUUUACUCUCUUACUGUGGACUUCCACAUCAAUGACACCGUCUUCUGAAUUCUGGAAACAAUUACGAUUGCUUUUGCCUCGGAAAAUUUCUCACCGGUGUGUAAUGGCAGAUCCCCAGACUCGACUCCAGGAUGACAAGGAUCCUAUGCUGAUCCUUAACCCAGAUUAUCUGGACUGCAGAUCUGACCCUGAUCCUGAAGGGGACUUGGGAGUGAGAGCACCGAUUUACAAAGGCCCACCCCCACCUGUAUUCGCCCUUCCUAAAACACCAAAGAUUAAUUCCAGUGCAGAACCUCCUUGUGAGGACACAGAAAGAAGUGAUGUGGAUAUUGCAGAUCUGGGAUCUCGAAAUUAUGGAACAAGAACAGAUUUCUAUUGCCUUGUAACCGAAGAAGAUAUUUGACUGGGGUGAUCACAGUGCAGAGCAGUGAACCUUCCGUUCCAGCCCCAAGAUGGCUGUCAAUCAAGCAUCUCUACCAUACCAUCCCCCACAGUCUUUUUUUUUUAAAUAUAGAGUUAAACAUUCAGUGUACAGCUGUGAGUAUUUUCAUCCUAUAUUGGAGAGGGGGAAAUGUUGCCAUGAUAUAACCAAUUCUAAAGACAACUUUUUUUUGCUCCAUUCAUGCUACAUUAUCAUUUUAUAGCUGGAAUUCUGCCUGUUCAAAACAGGAGGAAUGUUUUUUAAAAAAAACUGUGUACAUGAAAGUAACCAUCCAAUAUUGUUUUGACAAUGCCUGGUCUUCCCUGAAGAGAAUGUUCUAUAUAUGGCUGGAGAAGCAGGUCAUGAAGUUAAAUGAUGGAUAGUGCAUUUUUAGGAAUCCACUAUAUCUCCCGAGCAAAGGUCGGCAUGAUCUAGUGAUCAUGUCAAAAAUUUCCCACCACUGCCUUGCAAGAACUAGGCCUCCCACCGCUUCUGAUCUCCAUCAUGGAGUGAUGAAAGGGGACACUCUGCAUAUCCCCCUUCUGUCACUGUUCUCCAUUGCUGCCUACAUGCACCUGAAAUUGUUGCAUUUUUGAUCCCUAACACUGAAAUCUUGAUCUUAAAUGGUAAUCCUAAUUGGGGCAAGUAUGCAAUUAUUGAGAUGCUGGAAGAAGUUAGUCUGUAGGGUUGUUUUUUGAUGGUAUUGUCUUUCAGCUGCCUAGAUGAAAAUGACCAUUUUUUUUAAUUACACUUCCUCUUCCCCUGUUGCAAUGGAAAUAGGCCCAUUAGGUGAAGUCUCUAAAAUACUUCGCCAUUCCAGCAAAGGAUUUUAGCUGUAUGUUACUUAUAUAAUUCCUUCCUAUAAUGCUGUGACAAAUGCAAUGCUUGAAACUGUUAUCUUCACUCAGUGGCUCAUCAAAACAGUUUAACUGUUACAUCUUCAUUUGUAAAAUGCAAAAUGGCUUUUUUUAAAAUAAAAAUGGCUUUAAUUUGUUGUGAUUUCACUUUCAGGGGAUUUUAUGUGAAUGUCUGAACCCUUUGUGUUUCCUACAUAUUUCCAUUAAAUAUGUAUUCCAAUUUUCCCCCCCACUAACCAAGACAAAUAUCAUCUCACACGUAACUGUAUUAACUUUCAUAUGCCACCUGCUAACCUAUUCUGCUAACUUGUUGGGCAGUAAAUAAAGACAGGUUCCUACUGAAUCAGAUAUCACUGCGUUUCC